AUGGCUGCAGCCGAAGGAGGUGCGCCUGUGGGUGCACCAGUCCGUGUGCGUCGCACGGGGUCGAGUGCGUGGCCCGAGGCGUUCGCCCUUGCUAAAGCUCUUGAGUCGGAUGUCAAUAUCAGGCUUCGGUUCCGUGAGAACAAAAACCAGCUGCUAGCUUGGACAAGCCCGGAGCUCGUCGGCACAGCAACCAUGAAGGCCCUAGCCAUGAACGUGAAUGUCGUGCUGCAUGCACUAGAAGUUUGGUGCAAGAGCUGCAGCACCCCGAAAUGCAUGGUUAUCGAUUGGCUGAAGCAGGAGGUGACCGAGGCGCACAAGAUGCUCAACCCUGCAGUGAGCAAAGGGGCUGUGAGCAUUUACGUAGAUGCUUGGGGCAUUAAGCGCUUAAGCUCCCUUGCACUUCGUCGUUGGAGAGCACCCAUUGCAAGACUCCGCGAUGCUCAGUGUGCAUUAAACAUGGCCCUGAAGCCUAGCAAACUAGAAUCCUCCAUACCCUAUAUUUGCCGCCUGAGGACCAAUCCCUCCACGUGCUGUUCGAUGUCUUGA